GCGGCGUCGGGAAUCGCGCGGCGCGCGGCCAUGAGUGUGCGCUUUUGAGGCGGCGGCGGCCACAGCUCUUCCUCAGCCAGGCCGCGGCCGCGCCUCUCCGGCCAUGAGCUACGACCGCGCCAUCACCGUCUUCUCGCCCGACGGCCACCUCUUCCAAGUGGAGUACGCGCAGGAGGCCGUCAAGAAGGGCUCGACCGCGGUUGGUGUUCGAGGAAAAGAUAUUGUUGUUCUGGGUGUGGAGAAGAAAUCAGUGGCUAAACUGCAGGAUGAGAGAACAGUGCGGAAGAUCUGUGCGCUGGAUGACAACGUCUGCAUGGCAUUUGCAGGGCUCACUGCCGACGCCAGGAUAGUCAUCAACAGGGCACGGGUGGAGUGUCAGAGCCACCGGCUGACAGUGGAGGACCCAGUCACUGUGGAGUACAUCACCCGCUACAUCGCCAGCCUGAAGCAGCGCUACACACAGAGCAAUGGGCGCAGGCCAUUUGGCAUCUCUGCCCUCAUCGUGGGCUUCGACUUUGAUGGCACGCCCAGGCUCUAUCAGACCGACCCCUCUGGCACAUACCACGCCUGGAAGGCCAAUGCCAUUGGCCGAGGCGCCAAGUCAGUGCGUGAGUUCCUGGAGAAGAACUACACCGACGAAGCCAUUGAAGCAGACGACCUGGCCAUCAAGCUGGUUAUCAAGGCCCUUCUGGAAGUGGUUCAGUCAGGAGGCAAAAACAUUGAGCUUGCUGUCAUGAGGCGGGAUCAACCCCUCAAGAUUUUAAAUCCUGAAGAAAUUGAGAAAUACGUUGCUGAAAUCGAAAAAGAAAAAGAAGAAAAUGAAAAGAAGAAACAAAAGAAAGCAUCAUGAUGAAUUAAAUCCUUGCUUGUAGCAAUUUUUAAAUUCAAAUCAUGGAUGAUUCUCAAAAUGACACGUAGGCAUCUCCAUUCCAUUUAUCCAAACUGUCAAUGUCCUACAAUAAACUUCCGCAUUUUUUAACCUUU